CAGCUAACUAAUAAAGGCUCUUUGACAAAUAAGGUGUAACCUUCCUCUAUUGUUGUGUUAAGUGCGUAUUUUUCUUUUAAGGGACUGAAUUUGUGAAAAAUGCCUAGGGCUAAAGUGGAUAAUAAAGCUAAAGCAUCUACGUCUGCUCAAUCUGAUCCUAAUGAACAAAUAAUUCUAUCCUUAGUUGUUGCUGGUGGUACUAAGGGUUGUUUUGAUGAUGAUUUAGAAAAACAGGUUACUAAUUUAAGUAAUGAACAAAGAGUGCAAAUUAUCAACAAACUAAUUACUAAGAGGUUGAUUGAUGUUUAUAAUGCUGGUGGAAGACUGAUCUACAAAAUCCGAGCUGAAGAAUCAGAAAAUACACCAGAAGGUUUAAAAGGAGCUGAUACUGAAGAAAAAAUUGUUUAUGGGCUUAUAAAAGAAGCUGGAAACAAAGGAAUCUGGAUGAGGGAUAUCAGAUUUGAAUCAAAACUUCAACCUACUGUUUUGAACAAAAUCCUGAAAGCUUUGGAGAAUAAGAAAAUUAUUAAGCAUGUGAAGUCAGUUGCUGCCAAUAAGAAAAAAGUGUAUAUGUUGUAUGAACUUGAACCUGACAGCUCAUUAACAGGUGGAUCUUGGUACAGUGAUCAAGACUUUGAAUCGGAGUUCGUAGAUGUUCUUAACCAGCAGUGCUAUAGGUACUUGUUAGAACUAAAACAAAAAUAUGAAAGUGACCCUGUGGCAGUGAAGAAAGGCCCUGUUGCAUUAUACGCCAUGAUAUCUGCAACUCCUUUAAUGGUUUGCAAGUUUAUUAGUGAUCUUGGGAUUAGCAAGGUAUCUCUAUCUGAAGAUGACAUCCAGACCAUUUUGGAAACCCUUGUCUUUGAUGGGAAAGUAGAAGCGGAAGUAAAGCCUGGUGGUGAUAGAUUAUACAGAGCAAUAUCAGCAUUGACUGGUCCCGCUGGUCUCAUUUCAGCCCCCUGCGGGGUUUGUCCUGUAUUAAAUAAUUGCCGCAUCGAUUCAGUUGCACCUGUAUCACCAUUCUCUUGCCCAUACAUGACAGCAUGGGGAUCAAUUAGCAUUAUCAAAACAGAUUUCUGACAUUUUUAGUUCUGAAUUCAGGACAUUUUACUAGGAAGUUAUGUGAUUGUGUUGUAUUAUGUAGCCUUUAUUUCUGUAAA